GCUAUGCAGAGGCGGGUGGGUCGUCCUCCGGAUGAGUGCUUUUCUAGUCAGCAGUUGACCCAUGCAGGAGGGCACACAGGCACACACCUGUACACUGUCAGAGACACACAGAAAGAUAAAUCGCUGCGGGCAGAGAGAUAAAAGCCGGAGGGCUGGGGUGGGUAUUGCGGGGUCGCUACUGCACUUCACUCACUGACCCUCUCUCCAUACCAUACCAUACCUGUGUAAGAGACGCUGCACGUGUGGCUGCCUCCGUCACGUUGUGUGUGCCAAGCCAAUCUAAGUUGCGUGCGCAUACUUAUGCACGUACCCCUGGCCGCGUGCGGCAUGUGUGUGUGCAUGUACGUGCUUGUCACAGACGACAAGCAUUCAGUGAGUAAAUCCGACCAGUCAGUCAAUCGGUAGCCAUACCAUAACAUGACAUGUCACCAUGUCACCACACCCACCCACCAUGUACGUUGAUGGUGCCGAGAGAGAACUCACCACGGUAGCGACACACUCUGUCGUCGCAUCGUGGCCGGCCAACGACAUAUACAUACCCGCUCAUAUGAGGCCCCCUCCCCUCUCCCGUCACGUGUGCAGACAGACAGACGGCCAGACAGACAGACAGACAGACCGAAGCAUGACGCACCUGUCUCCAAGUGCACUACUUGCCUCGCUGCAGGCAGAGAGAGUAGAGUGCACACACAGCACACGAAAAAGACGAAAAAGGCGGACACCUGAGUUCUUACAGAAAACCAUGCAUCUCCUACGUCUAUCUCUCUGUGUCUAUCUAUCGGCUGGGAACGUAUGGGCAGUCGAAUUGGAGGGCAUAGUCGGAGCCGGGGAACACACAGAAAUAGACGUACCCGGUGGCGUCGGGGUUCUCGCACACGCGGCACUCGUCAUACACGCACCGCCCGCACGACAAGCAAACCUCCUCGUUGGGAUACUGCUCAUCAACAGCCUCAUCCGAGUCGUCGGGCGGCUCUGAAAGGAUACACACACUCAACUCAGACACACACAGACAGAGCCACAUGCUGCCUGUCUGUCUGUCUGUCUGGCCGUCUGUCUAUCAUCCGUGCGUGCAAUCGAUGAGGCCGACCUUCACAAGUGAUCAUCGUUCCCUGGGUGUCGUUUUUCUUGGCGCCGAGGGUGGACAUGGCGGCGAUGUCGAAAGGCAUGACACACUCGGCGUUCCGGUAAGCCAUCCACACCGACUGCAUGCAUCAUUCAUUCAACGAUGAAAGAGUGGUCCCUCCCUCCCUUGCUGCUGGCUCACUCACCACAUCGGCCGUCUUAUUGUCGACCGCGGCAACCACGGCAUGUGCGGCUCCGCCCGUUGACGCAGGCACCCUGACGACGCCGGACGAGUCGCUCGAACGCGAAACGAGCCUGCAUGUCAUGUGCGUUGCAAGGGGACAUCCAGAUGCUUGACAAGGUCUUUUCGCGCCUUAAUUAUCCCCCUCCCCACCUACCCGUGCUCUCCUCUAUACAGCACGGCCAAGUGCGCAUUGUCCGAUUUGGAGCUGACAGCCAACAUCACCUCGUCAAAACCCGCAGCUCGCACGUCACCCUGCAUGGACACACACACAGAGCGCAUCGGUCAGACAGCCUCACCCACCCACAGCCACACCCACCGUACUGUACCAGAUUGACGUUGAUGUACUGUUCGCUCUGCGCCGGGACAGGUCGGGUGGGCAGCGAGGCGAAAUGGACCAGCCUGUCCUUCGGAGGCGGCUUAUCCAUCAACAUAGGCGCCGUGAACACCGGGCACAGCUGUCGCCCUUUCGAGGACUUUUUGUCAGUGUCAUGGCGCGUCUGCGCAAGCAGCUUCUGCACGUCUUCCAGCACUUCCUCGAGCCUUGUGGUUACCGCCUCGCAAUGUGUCGGACUGCCGAAAGCAGCGAGGAGAAAGAGGGGAAACAGGAAGGCCUUCAUCAUCUCG